ACAGAAUACGGUGGAGAAAUACUGAAAUGGAAAAUGGAACUUUGUAGAGGAUGGUCGAUUACUAGCGGAGGUGUUGCUUUGUACAUAAAUAAAUUUUCUUAAGUCCGUGAAGCCUUCCCAUAACUAAACAUUGAUACGAAAUGUUAUUAUUAGUUCGGUGAUGAAACUUUUUUUGAGCUAAGUGUUAAAUUUAUUUGAUAAUGACCAGUGUCUUGAACAGGGAAAGAACAAAGUUAUGCUAAUUCCAUUCGUAGCUACCGGAGUCCAGCUAUGUUGUGCGUGCUCAGGAUUCUUCGAGGGUCGCCCGAGUAGUGAAGAGAUGGUGAAGUGAAGGCGCGAUGGUGGCGUGUGUGGUAGCCCUGCUUCUGCUGGGCGGGGCCGCCGGCUUUGACAUAUCCCAAUGCAUCGCCCCGCUGGGCAUGGAGAGCGGGCAGAUCGCCGACGCUGACCUCACGGCCACGUCCUCCUUCAACGAUGGCAACGUGGGACCACAGAACGGAAGACUGAACCAGGAGAUCCGAGGCGGCGCGUGGUGUCCCGCCUCCCAGAUCACGACAGAGUCCACCGAGUGGCUGGAGAUAGACCUGCGGGCGGUCAGGGUGGUCACCGCCGUCGGCACCCAGGGCCGCUUCGGCAACGGCCAGGGCGCGGAGUACGCGGAGGCCUAUGUGCUGGAGUACUGGCGGCCCAAGCUGGGGAAAUGGGUGCGGUAUAGGACAGCUGAUGGGACUGAGAUCCUGACGGGCAACACGAACACGUACCUCGAGAAGAAGACCCGGCUGGAGCCGGUGGUGUGGGCCAGUCGUGUGCGAGUCAUCCCCUACAGCUCGCACCGCCGCACCGUGUGCAUGCGAGUCGAACUGUAUGGGUGCCAUUGGAGCGCGGGCAUAGUCUCCUACUCGAUGCCGAAGGGCGACACGCGCAGCAACGGCGUGGAGCUGACCGACGUGUCGUACGACGGCGCGUGGGGCGCGGAGCUGCGCGGCGGCCUGGGCCAGCUGCUCGACGGCGUGUUCGGCGGAGACGACAUCAGGGAAGCAGCCAAGUCGUCCCCGUGGGUGGGGUGGCGCAACGACUCGCGCCCGCAGCCGCCCGUUCUCUUGUUCGAGUUCGACCGCGUCCGCGAGUUCAGCGCGCUGCACCUGUACUGCAAUAACCGCUUCAUGAGGGAUGUGCAGGUAUUCUCCGAAGCCAUAGUGACCUUCUCGAUCGGCGGCCGCCACUUCCAAGACGAGCCGAUCCGCUACCAACACCCCGAAGACCACAUCUUCGAGAGCUCCCGCAACGUCACCAUCAACUUACACCACCGCAUCGGGAGGUGGGUGCGGGUCGAGCUCCGCUUCGCAGCCCGAUGGAUACUGGUCAGCGAGGUCGUGUUUGAUUCUGACGUGGCGCAAGGCAACUACACACCAGAGAUCCUGAAGCCAACAGGAAGCAAAGACAAGGCGAAGCCAACACCGAGCAAAGAGGUCCCUAUCUCCACCGCUCACCAAGAAGACCCUCUAUACAUGGCCAUAGUCGUCGGAGUCCUAACCGCUUUGGUUAUACUCCUGGCUGUAGCUGUGUUCCUCAUAGUCCAUAGACACAGACACAGAAAGUGUUUCUCCUCUCCUCUAGCAAAGACGACGGUGGCUAAGAGGCAAGAGGACAGCUAUAGUCGCUGUGGGACGUCUACAUUGCCGCCGGUUCAUAAGCUGAAUAUGGAGAGUGCGUUGGAAGUGAAGUCCGAUGAGUACCAAGAGCCGUACCAGGCGCUCAAGUGUACGCCGUACUUCAGUUAUAGCACGGUCCAGUUGGAGAUGAAGGACUUUGUCAAGGAUUCGAAUACUGCGUUGUCUGACAGUUCAAACUACGACUACGCAGUGCCCGAGCUAUCGUCCGCGCCUCUACUAUCGAAGCGGCCUCGCUUCGGGGACGGCCUCGACCGCAGCGACCUCAUGGGACAUCUCGACCCAAUGGCUGACUUGGACCGCCUUGGGGCCACGAGUUCCAUACGGUCGAAACACAGCUCUAGGUCCCCGAGCCAGCAGGAGGUGAUCACGGAGCUGAAGCGGCGGCUGGAGACGACCAGCGUGAUCGAGUUCCCGCGCCACCGCCUGCGCAUGAUCUCCAAGCUGGCGGAGGGCGCUUUCGGCACCGUAUACGUGGCGGAGGCGGACGGCGUGCCGGAGUACGACGGCACCGUGACGCCGGAGAAGCGCCUCGUGGCCGUCAAGUUCCUGUGCCACGACGCCACGGCUAAGGAGAGGGAAGAAUUCGAGCGAGACGUCCGAAUACUAGCAGCCCUUUCUUCCCCCUACCUAGCCCGGGUACUGGGGGCUUGUCGCUCCUAUCCUCUAGCCGUGGUCCUAGAGUACCUAGAACUAGGCGAGCUAUGUGGUCUGCUGCGCGCGUCGCCGCCGCUCUCGCCGGCUCUAGCGCUACACGUGCUAGAACAAGUCGCCGCCGCCAUGAGAUAUUUGGAGUCGCUGAAUUUCGUGCACAGGGAUCUUGCUGCAAGGAACUGCUUGGUCGGCAAAGGUUACCAGAUCAAAAUCUCCGACUUUGGCACAGACAACGAAGCGUACUCUAAUGAUUAUUACAAGGUGGAAGGCCGCAUAGGGCUGCCGAUCCGCUGGGCGGCGUGGGAGUCGGUGCUGCACGGCAAGUACACCACCAAGAGCGACGUGUGGGCCUUCGCAGUGACCGCAUACGAGGUGCACACGACGUGUCGCCGCGCGCCCUAUCAGCACCUCACUGACGCUGAGGUCCUAGAAAACCUAUCCCACAUGGAAGCCGACGACGGCUUAUUCGAGUCAAUAGAGCGGCCGGGCACCUGCCCCCGGGACCUCUACGACCUGAUGCGGGAGUGCUGGCGGCGAGACCCCCUCGAGAGACCCUCCUUCAGCGAGAUCCACAUGUUCCUGCAGAGGAAGAGCCUCCACUACGCCACCACGUGAUGUUAGAGGCAGCGGGGGGGAGAUGUAUGCUUGUGAAGAUGGGAGAGUAAUACGGCGAAGGUGAUUGAAGUGUGGUGAAGAAUAAGGGUGUUUUUAACAACAUGCGGGUUUCAUGCACGCGAGAUGGCCGCCAUUUUACCGCGUCUACCGUGCAUAUUUGUUACUCGUAUUCUGUCAUACGUAUGACCGAAUGCGGGGCAAUCCCGCAUGUGAUGAAUCCCGCACGCUGUUAAAAACAGCCCAGUGUAUUUGUUCGUCGAUAUAUUGUAGAAGCAUACGUCUUUCCUUGCAAGGUCUGAAAGUAACGGAUGGUAUUGCAUCUUUUCGUCAAUAAAUUUUAAUUUUAUGUGUAUUUGAACCUUGUGUAGGUGGCGCUACCAUCGAACUUACAUACAGGGCUGUUUUUAUUGGUAACCUUUGAUAUGUUUCCCACAAUACAUAAUGAAUUGACGAACAGUUUUGUUGAUAUACAUAUAAUACACAUAAAUAACAAUCAAUUAAUUAAAAUAAUAUUGACAAAAGAUGCAAAAACGUCACAGUAAGACAGCAUAAUAAACCAAUAAUACUUUGUAAAGUAAGAGUCUUGUAUAGAGGAUUGUUCGAGGACUUUUCCUUGAUUAUUUAUUUCGUGUACUUAUAAGUUAUGUUUCUUACAUUCUAUUGUUAGAUAACCGCAACAUCAUUACUAUGAAUAUGAAGCUAUUUCAAACAUUCACUUGAAAUCACUAAACCUGAACUACAAACAAUCACAAAUUAAAACCACCAGAAAAUUUCCCUAAAUGCAGAAAUUAUCACGUACAAUAAUAUUUACUUUGCCUUCAGGAAUUAUAGGUCAUUUAUAAUUAUUAUCAUAAGUUACAAACAAAUUAACACUUUAUUCUUCUAGCGAAAAUAGUACUUAUAGACUGCUUAAAAUAGAAUGCGUAGUCAUUUUAAAUAAAUACCGUUAAAAAUAAUAAUGCGUUGAAAGAGAGAUAAAUAAAGUAAAGUAAUAGGAAAUAUUUUCUAAUAUUGAAUAUCUGAUAGUGAAACCCGACUGCAAUCAUAUUUAAAGUAUAAAAAUAUCUUUAUAUUCUAAUGAUAAAGUAUAUUGUAUUGGUACAGCUGUUAAUGUAUAGGGAUUGAGAGAGAAAGGCAGAUUAUGUAACUUGACCUUAUGCUGCGGUUUGAAUUUUAUAAUAUAUAUCACGUGCAUGUUUUAAUAAUCCAAACUAAAAAAUAUGUAGCAUAUUUUCAAAAUUUUACUGAUCAUUAUUUUUCUAAAUCUGUAAUUAUUUAUUUAUGAAACAUUAACUUUCUUAUCGCAACAUAAGGAAGAGUCUUUUCAUUAUAGUUCUAUAAAAUUGUUAAACCUGUAGAGUUAAAAAAUCGGUUAACAAAAUAGUCUUCCUUCAUAUUUCGCAGUCGGGUAAAAAGUGAAAUAAAUUUUGUAGAAUCGUUUCUGUACGGUAUGAUAAUAUUGGAUACUUAGAUUUUCCGUAAAUCUGCUUAGUGAAAAUGAACAAAGUGCAUCUCUAUGAAAUAAUUAAAAUAUAAACUAGAUGUAAAAGGUAAAUUAAUAGACCUAGACAGACUAAUUAAAAACCGUACUUUGAGCCUACUUUUAAAUAUUAUAGAAGGUAAUAAACGUACAAUAUUGUCCUUAUACUACUACUAUUAUGUAGCAUUAUUCCAAAUUAGUUACCCGCAGUACCUUUUUCCAUUCUUAAUACUACACCAACACUUCUGAUAUAUCAGUAUUCAAUAAUUCUACUAAAACCAUCAAAUGUACUUACACGCACAAAAUAUAGCCGUUGUGUGGCACACGUAGGCUGCGGUGGGACACAUUAUGGUGUCUUUUAAACAUAAAACAUGAUACUUAACUAUCUCCAAUGACCAUUGAUAUUUCAUUACAAAUUGUGCCCUCACAAGUUUCUAUUUCAACACAGAGCCACUCUCGAUUGCGGCUAAAACGUUAAUUUACUGUGGCAAAAUAGCACAUUUUUCUACAAAAAAUAAAAUAAAAAAACAUUCUUACAUUUUAGACGUAAGGCCUAAUUAUUUAAAUAUCUGUACGGACUGGCCUGCAUAUCUCUUAUGAAUCUAUAAAUUUAUGAAACCACAUCGAAUAUAUCACAAAUCUCAUAAGUUCCCAAUAUGUCUAAGUUUUAUUGACUGAAUAUGUUUUAUGCAGUAUUUUUCUAUAUUUUUUUAUAAAGCAAUGUAUUUUUACUAUGUGCGGACAUAAAAAUCUUAGAUGACACAUAUUUUUAUGUGAAAGUUUAGUUUUGUUUGCGCAGUUUUAAUGCACAUAUCUUCGAUGUCUCAAAAAAUAUAUGUUGCAUUAUGAUUAUAAAGAAUCAGUUUUGGUUCGCAUUUAAAAUUUAAUUUUACCAAAAAAAAUAUCAGUACCAUUAUACCACAAACUAUUUUAUUAAGAUGCAUAUAUAAAUAAAAUUAAGUUUACACUGUUUACAAAUUAUUGCUUAAGUUGAGCUAUUCGUGUAAUUUAUAAUUUUUACAUCGACUUUUACAAAUGGUUUUUAUACUUUUUAUGAAUGUUUUAUUGAAGUUAUUAUCUUUUACCAACUAAGCUUACAAGGAAAUUGGUCAGUAACCUGUUCUUCCUCAAUUUAACAAAUGUGACCCGUACAAGUAUUGUUUAAACUUGUUAAUUGUACUUACUUACCAUAGAAAUAUUAAUUAUUGUUAAGCUCUACCUAUCAACUUUAUUUUCAAUUUGAAACAAUCAGGUUAUACAUAUUAAUUAUAAGUUAUUUUGUUUUAAAAAAAUAAAUGAUCAACUAUUAAAUUACCAAAUUUUAACGGGUUUCCAUAUUUUAAAGUACCUGUGUGUUUUUGAAGCAUGGGACCAUCAAUCGAUAUUAAAAUAAUUAUUAGUAUCAUUUCUAUAAAUCCAUCUCAUAUAAAUUUUAAUGCGUAGCUCAAUUCGGAAUUUAAUAGUUAAAUAUCUGUGUAUAUAAUAUUUAAUUUGUGGUAUCUCAUGUACUUACAUAAAUCCUCAGUAGAGUAUAGUAUAUUAUAAAGCUAGUUUGCUAGUGUUAGGUAAUUUGUGGCUUUGGCCAGACCUUGAUUUCAGACAACCAGCUGCCACAUCUCCUUGUAAGCCUUGUAGGUAAAAGUUGAUAUCUAUGACAAUAUACUACCGCGGCAGAGUUUUGUCUGCCACGUACGAGUAACUGUUUAGUAAGAGCCUAAUUAGAUAAGCACUUAUCUAGAAGUAAGCUAGCGUUCUUAUUUGCGUAGUAGUAAAAAAAUAAAUCACUAUAAUCUAUCGUACACCGAGGAACCAAUGUAUAUUAGGCUAAUAACACAUAAAUAGACUUUUAACUAGAUGUAAGCGAGUAGAACAUUGUAGCGUAUGCAUUUAUUUUUAUCAAUUUUGAGAAGGACUGUUGGCUGGACGGUAGCGGUACUGCUUUCAAUAAGUCUUUAAUUUCCUAUCAAUAUUAAGGUUACGUUAUGAUUACAUUUAACAGUUGAUACUAAACCUAAUUCUAGAGGUAUUGACAAUAUAUUGUACCUACUUGUUACAUGUACUCUGUGUGUAUGAAAUGCUUGUGUUCCAUCGCAAAUCGCAAUAAGCCACUCCGUUCAGCCUAUGGGGCCCACUCUUAAGUUGACGUUAUGCGAAGUCGCCCACCGAUCCUUUCUGUGGCGUAUUGAACACUCCAACAAUACUUAACUACCGCACCGAUAUAACUCGUAAUAUUGACAUGAAAUCUAUUGAGAAAUGGUAACAAGUGUGGCGAUGGAAUCGCUACAGCAUGGCCACAGAAGGGAGGCGGGUGAUGGAGACUAGUGUAGCUGUACGUAGAUAAGCAGCUCGUUAAGAAUAGGCUAUUCUUGUAGUUGUUAAAGAUGUACAAUAAAACACCCUCUCUGCCUUAGUGAUGCUAUCUUACCCCUUAUGCUAUGAACGAAAUAUCACUUUAGAUGGAGUUUACUGUGUAUUUUGUAAAUAAGAGUCUUAUGCUGAUGUAAAUUAUUGAGCACUAUGUAAAACUUAAAUUCCUAACAAUGGUCCAAACUUCACUCGCUUUUUUAUUUGUACUAUACGAUAUACAAUUUCUAUAAUAUAGAUAAACAAAUGAUAAAUUAGUAUAGGGAUACUACUUAUGCUUUAAUUUUUAUUUUUAAUAGAUGUAAAACAUGUAUUUGUCGAAAUGCUUAGUUUUCAUAAUCAAAUUUUAUGGAAAAUGGUUGAUACCAAAUGCAGUAUUUUUAUUUUAUACUCUGUCUUUAUACCUAAAUAAAAGCAAUAAUUAAAUCUCAA